CGCGAGCGAGGGAGCGAGCGCAGCGCUUGUGUGCGUGUGGCGCUUGCGCGGCGCUCGAGCUCAACGGCGCUCUUCUUCCCUGCAGAGCAGAGGAGGCAGCACGUGGGCAGCAGAGGAAAUGAACACUGACUAGAGAUAAACAAGACCUUAUUGAACAUCGUUCAGAGUACAAGGAGAGAAGAUUGGAGAGGAUCAUGAUGGCAGAAGCAGGAGCUGAACAGCCUCCCAUGUGAAUCGGACCGUUUUGGGAAAACGGUGACCCCUUUCUCUGAGAGGUCAGCAGUCAUGGAUGUGUGUGUAAAAAGCGAGCCUGAAGAUGAGCACAUUUCCCACCCCGAAUAUUGUCCUGAGGUUCAGGGCUUCAGUGCUGAAGAGAUGGGCUCAAGGCUGCACCUGGAUAUUGACCGCAUUAAAACAGAGAUUGUCACGGUCAAAAUAAUGGAGGACAAUACUCAUCUACAGCUGUGCAGUACUACUAAGGUGCUCUGUACUCCCUUAGAGCAGUUAAACUCACCUGUUUCUCUUUCUUCCAAACAAUACAAAUCAGAAACAGAAGAAGUGAAGGUAGAGCAACAUUCUAAGUUUCAGAAAACUUCUUGGGCAGUGAAGGACAUUACUGAAGCUGCUCAUUGUAUAAAAGAUGAGUGGAAAGAAUUGAAGGUGAAUGAAGGAAGCUCUGUUCCUUGUCCUUUAUCCAAACAGUGUAAAUCAGAGACUGAUGAAGUUAAAGUAGAGCGGCAUUCUCAGUUGCAGGGAUCUUCUAGUCCAGACUCACAAAUUAAUAACUUUGCUAUACAUAGUGUAAAAGAAGAAUGUAUGAAUCUACAUGUGAAUGAGUUUAGAUCAGUUCCUUGCUCAUUAUCAGUACAGUGUAAAUUAGAGAGAAGUGCAGUGAAGAAAGAACAGCAUUCUCAGUUACAGGCAUUCUCUUGUACAGAGUUAGAAAUUAAUAAUUCUGCAAAUCAUAGUUUAAUGGAAAGGUGCCCUGAUGUACAGGUUGCACAUGAACUUUCUCAGAAUAAUUCUGAGAAGCUGGAAAACUGUGCAAUUAUUGCAGGAGCUGAUGUCCAAACAAAGGGUGCUGUGGAACAAUCUGGGGGAUGCGUCACCAGUACUGUGAUUCACAAGGCCACCGAACAGCCACGUCAUGAUGGUGUUACCUGUAGUGCUCAGAAGUGGCAAUUCCUCGAAGGUAAAGAGGUCUUUGAAAGUCAGUCACACCUGAAAAUGUGUUUGCAGAAUGACCUAGGAUACAAACAUUAUGUGCAAAGUGGAACAAGUUCUACAUCUGUUCACUUAAAACUGCACCGGUUUGUUCAUGCUGGUGAAACACCAUAUAGAUGUAGCGAAUGUGGAAAGACUUUUUCCUGUUUAAGUACCUUCCAACAGCACCAGCUUGCUAAUUCUUCAAAGUUUAAAUGUAUUCACUGUGGAAAGAGUUUUUCUCGAGGAAGUCACUUAAAACAGCACCAACUUGUCCACUCUGGGGAGAAACCGUAUAAAUGUAGCGAAUGUGGAAAGACUUUUUCCAGAGAAUAUAAUUUACAGCUUCAUCAGCUGGUUCAUUCUGGUGAGAAACCACAUGAAUGUAGUGUAUGUGGAAAGAGUUUUUCCCAUGGUAGUACCUUAAAACGACACCAGGUUAUUCAUACUGGUGAGAAACCAUAUAAAUGUGAAUGUGGAAAAGGUUUUGCUUCAAAGCAAUAUUUUAAAAAACAUGCAGCAACACAUGGAAUAUUUUAUGCUGAUGAUAAUCCAUGAUGCUAAUAAGAGUAAAUAUAAAACUAAAUAAAAGGUGAAUACACAAACUAAAACAUUGGGGCCAGAAGUCUUUCUGUUACUCCAAAGUUCCUUUUUUCACUAAGUUGCAGUCGGUACAAGAGUACAAGCCGGUAGAUGUGCUGAUGUAAUGCACACAUUGUAUUUUCUAUGAGAUGUAUGGCGCUUUGGAGAAAGGGGUCUGCUAAAUGAAUAAAUGUAAAUAUAAAAGGUGAAUAAUAAUGUACAUCCUACCACUUACCAGUUAAUGUUCUUUAAAAACCUCAAGACAAAGCCGAUGUAUAAAAAUGACCUGUAACGCUUUCAUCCACCUAUUAUCGGUAAGUGCAUGUCCAGUUCAUGUAAAAUCACUGAAAACAAACUACACAA